CACACACACACUCUCUCUCUCUCUUUCACACACACACCUUCCGGAGCCGCUGCGUGUUGAAGCAGACCUCAGUCUGCUCCCUUUGCGGCUCCCCGGCAGCUGUGUAAUCCCGCAGUCCGCCUGGAUCCGGGUCGUGACAAGAGUUUUUGGACYACAAGGAGGGACCAGAGGAAGGGUGUCUCCCACCACUUCAUUGACUUCUGGAGAUACUCUCACCAGGUCCAUUCAUAAAGGAAAAGUGGCGUCCUUCUGUCACAUUCACCCCUGACAGCCUGAGACUGAAGGGGUGAAAGAGAGUACGACAGCAAAGGGAUCUCAGGGCGCACACUUGUAAAGAAAAGGAGGUGGUCUGGGGUCAGUCCCCUGCUAUUCUGCAGCUGCGCUAGAGUCAGCAAGCUUUGCAAGGAGAGAAGUUUUUCUUUCUGCAUCUCGUGACCCAGUGGAUGAAUCAAGGCCAGAGCAAUGUAAAGCCUUCACUGGCCUCAGAUUGGGCCCCUGGGGCUGGUCUUUGGAGGUAUUUGUGAUAACCCUGCUGAAUCUUUUGCUGUCACUAUCCUCCACAGUUGUCAUUAGUAGCUAAUGAGCUGCUGCCUGAGGGGAAAGAGAGAAUGUGCCCGUGGAGAGCGGCAGGACCGUACAGCUGUUAUUAAGAGGCCCAUCAAUCUCUAACAAGAAAUUCUUCGCCUUUUCAAAAGACUCAAACCCUUUGAAACCAUGAGCUUUGAACAUUUGAAAAGAUUGCAGCUCUGAAAGUUAUUUUUUGCCUUUUUUUCUCCAAGUUCCUAAAUAUGAAUAUAUUAUUUUUGUGUCAGCAUUGUCUGUUUAAAAAUGUCACCCUUCUAAUUCCCUGAAUAAAACCGAUCACUAUGGCAGCAGCCUAUCGUGUAGUUGUGAGCAGCGUCAGCUGCUACAACAGUGUGGUGGUGGACCGACGCAGUCACUCCCAAGCUGUGCACUACUGCUCUGGACCAUGUGGGGCGCUGUCCCAAGGCUUGGACUGCACAGUUGCGCACCGUGGAACUUGCUCUGAGCUUCUUGUUGUCCCUGAAUCUGUCUACAAUGACUAUAACAACUCGCCCGUACACUCCCGUAACAUGAUCACUCAACAACACCCGAACCAUGGUAAACUUUGUGUUGCCAUGGAUAACAUUCAUAAUGGUUGUCUAGAGGGGGUGACCAGCAGUGGAAAUUUGUCUUCAGGGGAGGACAGCCCGACGUGGCGUGGUAAAAAGACCCCCAGUGGAGCAGGAUCGACUGGGAACUUGAGCUCUUCUGGGAGCCUAAAAGACAUUACAGAAGAAGCCAUUAAUCUGGCCAGUGGCAAGCUCAAAGAGUUUUCUUUUGACAAGCUGCGUCUGACCUCCUCUAGUCACGUUACCCUCCGCAAAGGUCGUAAGGUCCGUCCUGACUCUUUCAGCCGUCGGUCCACUGACCUGGACAUCAUCUAUGGCCACUUCAGCUCCAGUCUCACCACAAACACAACAGCUAGCAGCAUCACAAAUGGCUUGACUAUGGUUAAUGAUGAGAACCUUCCACCUGUUGUGUUUGGGAAAGGAACGGGAAUGGAAGAAGCAAAGCUCAAGGGCAGCUCAGGCACAUUGUCAGCCAGUACCAAAGUGAGCAGUGGCUCGACAAGCAGCCUCUCGAGUAUGGGAUCGCUCAACCAAAGUCUGAACACAGUGGCCUCCUUGUACCGCAGUACCCUGGGGGAGGAGAACUUAAUUGCCCGAUUGCUGGAAAAGACGCGAGCAGAAGCAGCCACUGGAGGAGCGGGAGGGGAGGACAUUCGUGCGUGUCUUGACAUCUUGCUUAAAUGUUCUGAAGACCUAAAGAAAUGCACAGACAUCAUCAAGCAGUGCAUCAAACGCAAGGCUGGCGGAGGACCAGAGGAUGGAGGAGCGAGUCCUGACAGUGUUUAUCGGGCUGUCAUGACCCGACUUAGCUCCUACCUGAAGAGGUUGCCUUUGGACCUGGAAGGGAUUGGAAGUUUGGGAGUCAGUGGACCGGGAGGUCAAGGGACACCUGGAAGUGGACACAGUGAUCUGGCUGAGCUGGUAAACACUCUUCACUCCAUCCAGCAAGGACCUUUCUCUCCAAUAUUUGGUAAUGAGCAACCUCCCCGAUAUGAAGAUGUGGUACAGUCACCUCCAAUCCCAAAGACUGUUUCACACUCUUCCUCUCCUUCAACGUCUUUGUCUUCACCCACAUGUUCAAAAUCAGAUUCCAUGUACACCAAAUCAGUCCAGAGCUCAGCUCAACCUAAAGGUCCUUCAUUUGCCAAUGGACUACAGUACCCACAUACCUCUUCUAUCACCCAGCACACUCUUUCUCCACCAUCAGUUACAUGCUCUUCUUGUAGUUCCUCGCCAACACACUCCCCAUCCUCUCUUCGCAACUCGCCAACCUCACCCUACACACACACUCCCCCAGCAUCCCCCAUGGAGGCUCUUUAUAUUGAGGAAGAAGAGGCAGACAUGGGAAAGACUCCAGAACAUAUCUCGCUGCAGACACACACACAGAGCAGAGGGGCGAGCACAACCCAGAACAAAAAUGGGACUACGUUGGGGCAACACCUGCACUUGUCUCCAUCCAACACACUUUACAAUUCUUCAAAUAAUUUGCCAGUCAGCUCUGGCUACAUUCCCUCUUGGCCUCAAACUGCCUCGCCAACAGUCUCAACACCCAAAGCUAUGUCACACAGGAAUGACGACAUUGACAAGCUUCUAAUGGACUUGGAGAACCUGUCUCAGAGCAUGAGCCACCCCAGAACCACAGAACCUCCGCUUCCAGCUAAAACCAGGAAGCGUUUGGGUGGCCAAGGGAUUAUCUCCAACGAGUCUUUAACUCACUCCCAAACGACCCAGUUUCAAGCUCAAAAACCUGCCAGCUACCAAAGUGUGAAUGGUCUUAGCUCUGGCACGACCCAGAGUGUCACUCAUCCCCAGGGAGAGAACAAUGAAGCUGGAGGGGCUGGAGAUGAAGAGGAUGGGGCACUUUUGCUAAGAAUUCUUGAGAGCAUUGAGAGUUUCGCCCAAGAGCUGGUGGACUCUGGGGCGGGGAGUACAGGAAGUGCUGAGAAGAAAUGCGGGAAGGAGCGGGAAGUGAUGAGAUUAUUGCAGGAUACACUGACCACCGCUGGUCGGGCCGAUACUCCUGAGAGCGCAAACCCACCAGCUAUCUCUACUGCUCCCUUCAUGCACACAAUCCUAGUCCCAGAUACAAAGACAAAACCCACAGAGGAAAAUACACCUGUGAUUUCACUCGCACCAACACCCAUACCAACAGUACCUGAACCUGAGUCUGAUGUCAUAGUAGAAUCUGAACUUAAACCCACACUAAGUGUCUCUCCUGAGCUUCUAUCUUUGCCUACACCAGUGCUAGAUGAAAUUACAGAAGCUCCUGCAGGUGAACCUGUUCCAGAAACAUGCGUACCUUCAAGGUUCCAUAAGUCAACACACGGAGACGGACCUACAGCUGUGGUCUUACCUGAACCUCCAGCUCCUAUUGCUACCCCAACCGCCGAAGCCAUAAGAGAUGUUGCCAUUGAUGUUGGUGAACCUGCUGCUACGGGAGACGGUGGUGCAACACUUCUGAUCCAGCAGACUCCAGAGGUGAUCAGAGUCCAGUCCAAGCCAGAGAGGAGACCGGGGACACCCCCGCCAACCCCUGCUGCAACUACAUCCGCCCCCGCGCCGCGCUCACCGAGCCCUCCUCCCGCGCCGCUGAUAGUCACCCCCCCUCCCCCCGCCAUCAACAUUCCCAGGUUCUACUACCCCCGUGGGCUCCCUGCCCCUGGCCCGGCUGCAAACCACGACGCGGUCAUCGCUGCCAUAGAGACCGCAUUCGCCGAAUUCGAAGAGGAGAAGGCCGACAUUUAUGAAAUGGGCAAGAUUGCCAAGGUGUGUGGGUGUCCACUUUACUGGAAGGCCCCCAUGUUUUACGCAGCCAGUGGUGAGAGGACGGGCUUCGUGUCGGUUCACUCAUUUGUUGCAACAUGGAGGAAGUUGCUGCACAGUUGCCAUGAUGAUGCAUCCAGAUUUAUUUCCAUGUUAUCUAAACCUGGCUGUAGCUAUUUGGAACAGGAAGACUUUAUUCCUUUACUGCAGGACAUAGUUGACACUCAUCCUGGACUCACCUUUUUGAAGGAUGCCCCUGAGUUCCACUCACGCUACAUAACAACGGUGAUUCAGAGGAUAUUCUACGUGGUGAACCGUUCGUGGACCGGCCGCAUCAACAUGAUAGAGCUGCGCCGGAGCAACUUCCUGCAAACCCUGGCCCUGCUGGAGGAAGAGGACGACAUCAACCAGAUCACUGACUACUUCUCCUACGAACAUUUCUACGUCAUCUACUGCAAGUUCUGGGAGCUGGACACCGAUCAUGACCUGUACAUCGAUUUCAAGGACCUGGCGAGAUACAACGACCACGCGUCCUCCAACAGGAUCAUUGAGCGGUUGUUUUCCGGGGCCGUUACUCGGGGUAACGCUGUGCAGAGAGAAGGCAGGAUGAGCUACGCCGAGUUCGUCUGGUUCCUCAUUUCUGAGGAAGACAAGAAAAACCACACCAGUAUAGAAUACUGGUUCCGCUGCAUGGACGUGGACGGUGACGGCAUCCUGUCCAUGUACGAGUUAGAAUAUUUCUAUGAAGAGCAGUGUGAGAGGAUGGAAAGGAUGGGGAUCGAACCUCUGCCCUUCCAGGAUUUGCUCUGCCAGAUGCUUGAUCUGGUCAAACCUGAGAGUACAGGUAAAAUAACGCUGAGUGAUCUGAAGCGCUGCCGGAUGGCUCACAUAUUCUUUGACACCUUCUUUAAUCUGGAGAAAUACCUGGACCACGAACAAAGAGAUCCAUUUGCUGUGCAAAAGGAUGAUUUUGUGGAUUCUCUGCUGACAAUCCUGCCAGAAGACAAUCUGUUUUUGUUUGUUUUGUUGUUGUUUUUUUUAACUGUUGCUGUGCCAAAGGUAAACUAUCAGCUUCUCACAACACUUCCUAGUUGGAAAACCAAGAAGCCACUGCCACCGACGAUCAGCUCGCCACUGUUUCCUGUAAAGCACAUCAUUAACCCUCGACUCCCCUCAGGAGGAGCUGGUGGAAGCGUAGCAGCACCUCCUCUCUGUGGCUGCUGGGAGCUACUGCAGGCUGCCUGUGGAGCUGCAGCCCCACUGCCUCACCUUUCCAUCAGAGGUGGAGAGCUCACUGUCCAGUUACGAAUCAGGGGGCUGCGAUGUGAUAACAAAACAAUGAUGGACACAUCUGGAUGAUCAGGUUCAGAGAAGAAAAGAUGAUCAAUGAUGUGAAAACACAGCUUUACUGCAACAAGCGGCGGCCAUCUUGAAUCAAGCUCCAAAAGCUAAUCAGUUGUAUUUAUACACCCAGUGUUUACUCUGUGCAGGGUUCAUUUAAAUCCUUUCAGUAGCGGGUGAAAGUAACCAGAUGCAAGAAGAAAAGCCUAGAAUUUAGUAACAGGCACACUUUUUUUACACAAAAUGCUCUGUAUUAUUGCCAAACACCACAGAAAAAAGCUUAAAAAUGGAAAGAAGUGCCUAUUUUACCAAUCUUAUGUGAUCGUGUUUCUUUAGAUGAAAGUUCUUUCAUCAUGACUUAGUUUGUGUACAGCAAGGAAAUGUUAAUAACUUUUUGUUCAUCUGCUUAUAAAUCAGAUUUUCUCAAACAAAGAAAAAAAAAAACCUCCUUUGAUAGUUUUGGUAUAAUACUGAAAAAAACAUGGUAUUCUGUCUCCAUCUGCAUAAUUAUGAACUUGUUAUAUUUUUUUUUCUUAAAACAUGCUUUAGUAUUUUGGUAUUUGUUUGAUAUUUCAGUGUAGAACCAACAACAAAAGUUUUAUACUUUGUACUUUAAGAUAAAAAAAAUUAAUUUGACCCUUUCAAACUUUAAAAAAAGAACUAAAGUUUCCAUUCAGGAAAAAUUCUUGAUGAUCAAAUGUGUUUGUGGUAAAUUUACUUCUUAAAAAUAUAUAUAUUUUUCAACCAUGUCUUUGACGAUUGAGGUAUAAAUUUGGAAUUUGAAACUGAGAAAGAAGCCAAACAGUAGGAUGAUUUAGUGAUCCCAUCGUCCUCUCUGCUGCACUCACAGCGACCAGCGCCUGUGUGUGUGUGUGUGCUUAGUCUGAGAGUGUGUUCUGUCACUACGUAAUAGAGGAGUGUGUGCUUUUUAAGCCUCGGUUGUGUAGCUGUCAGUGAUGAGCCGUCCGCAUGUUGGGAUUCUGCUUCAGGAUUAGAGUGUGUGUGUGUUUGAGCAUGCACGUUUGUAACUCUUAAUAAGGAAAGGAACAAGUCGUGACCUCCCGUUAACUGGUGUUUUACACACACCUACUGUAAACAGAAACAUGUCAACAUGUUUGUAUUCAGAGGGACAAAGGGAAACAAUGUCCACCUUAAACUCCAAAUGUUGCUUUCCAUCCUUUGUAAAUCUGUCUUACUUUGUAUAAAACUGUAAUAAUAAGCCAUGCUAAUAAGUUGGAUUCUUUUUUGUGUCAAGGUUUUUUUUUUAUUGCUGGGCCACUGUGUGGCCUGAGAGGGGUGGGUGACAUAGUAAAUUAUGUUAGAUGUGUUUUUUGUUGGUGUGUUAGAUUUGUGGUGGUUUAUGAAAAGAUGUGGAUAAAAUCCAACCAGACAAUCAUGGGAGGUGGAUCUCAUACUGAGAUGUUUGGUACGGAAGCAAAUCAGUGUCACAAUUUUUUUCCUCAAAUUCCAACUUUUUUUCAGUUAAGAAGCUGUAUUUUAUUUUGUCUGUAAAGUUUUGUUCACCAUUAAUCAGUGUUAUUUAUUGCUGUCAAAAUUUUAUUUUAUUUUUUUGUUUAUUUCAAAGCCCUCAUAUUGGAUUGGCCUAUUUCAACGUUUGAAAUUUCCUGUCUAGAAAUUAAUUUUCAGUGAACACAAGGAACAAACAGAAUCCAUCCUGCUCCUUAGUUUAAUCAAAUCAGUUAUUCAUCAAAAAUACAGACUUUUAAUUAUUUUUCAUUCAAAUAAAAAAAUGAACAAUUUUAUUUCAUUGAAAAAAAAACUUUUGUUUUUGCCACAAUAGGUUAAUAAAAACUGAAUUUGAAGGCAAAAAACAUCCAAAUACAGAACAUCAAUAUAUUCUCUGUAUCUUAUUUUUUGGUGUUUUAAUUUCAGUGUGUUUUUAAAAUCCGAACUCUCCUGACACAGAUCUGCUUCCGUACAUUUGAGGCUGAUUUUUCACAGCUGUAACCACAUCCACACACAUUCAGAUGUUUGGAGCAAAGACUGAACUGCUGAACGCAGAGGGUCGCCUCUGUUUCUAACCUUUUGAGCUCUAUGCAAAGUGUCCCUGGGUUCUCACGGGACACGCCACUAACUGAGAGACGCCACGCAAGACUUAACCACCAUGGCCUCACAGGGAGUGACAGAGAAAAGACUUUUAUUUUGAAUUACUUCCUGUGAGGCGAGGACGACGAGCACUGCAUUUGUUUUGUUGACAUAGUUUUUAUUCUUUUUUCUCUUGUAUUAUUUGCUGCCUUUGUCUGAAGUUUAAAUAAAGCUGCUUUGAAACAAUGAAA